AUGGCUGAGGAUCUGGAUAAACCACUGUUGAAUCCUGAGAGCUUCCACCGAGAGGGGAUUGACUUGGAGCGUUUGCCAUUAGAGGAAGUUUUUGAGCAACUGAGAACAUCACACAGAGGACUUUCUUCUGAAGAUGCUGAAGCCAGAUUGAAAAUUUUUGGUCCAAACAAACUUGAAGAGAAGACAGAGAACAAGUUUUUGAAAUUCCUUAGUUUUAUGUGGAAUCCUCUGUCAUGGGUUAUGGAAGCGGCAGCAAUAAUGGCAAUUGCCCUUGCUAACGGUGGAGAGAACAAUGCUGGGAAUGCUGCAGCUGCUCUUAUGGCUCGUUUAGCUCCCAAAACUAAGGUCCUGAGAGAUGGGCAGUGGCAAGAGCAAGAUGCCACUAUUUUGGUACCAGGAGAUAUAGUUAGCAUUAAGCUUGGGGAUAUCAUCCCCGCGGAUGCUCGACUACUUGAAGGAGAUUCAUUAAAAAUUGACCAGGCGAAUUUAUGGAAUCACAGAAAGAAUCUGUUUGUGCAGUCUGCUCUUACUGGAGAAUCUCUUCCUGUUACCAAGAGGACAGGUGAUGAAGUUUACUCAGGUUCAACAUGUAAGCAUGGUGAAAUUGAAGCUGUGAUCAUUGCGACAGGAGUAAAUAGUUUCUUUGGAAAAGCAGCACAUCUAGUUGACACCACUGACGUUGUUGGACAUUUCCAGGCGGUCCUUACCGCCAUUGGGAACUUCUGCAUUUGCUCUAUAGCUGUGGGGAUGCUUCUUGAAAUCAUUGUCAUGUUCCCAAUACAGCACCGUUCAUACAGGAAAGGAAUAAACAACCUUCUUGUUCUCUUAAUCGGAGGAAUACCAAUAGCUAUGCCAACAGUCUUGUCUGUCACACUAGCAAUUGGUUCUCAUCGGCUAUCUGAACAGGGUGCCAUUACAAAGAGGAUGACUGCAAUUGAAGAAAUGGCAGGAAUGGAUGUCCUCUGCAGUGAUAAAACUGGAACUCUUACCCUCAAUCGCCUAACAGUUGAUCGAAACCUUAUUGAGGUUUUCAACAAAGAUAUGGACAGAGAUACAAUUGUCUUGCUUGCAGCCAGAGCAUCCAGAAUGGAGAAUCAGGAUGCUAUUGAUGCAGCCAUAGUUAACAUGCUUGCUGAUCCAAAGGAGGUAGAGAGUGGAUAUAUGUUACCUCAGGAUUCUUCUGCACGUGCAAACAUCACAGAAGUGCAUUUUUUGCCCUUCAAUCCGGUGGACAAACGUACUGCAAUUACAUACAUUGAUUCUGAUGGUAAUUGGUAUCGAGCCAGCAAAGGAGCUCCUGAGCAGAUUCUAAAGAUGUGCCAAGAGAAGGACGAGAUUGCUGGAAAAGUGCAUGCCAUUAUUGACAAAUUUGCUGAAAGAGGCUUGCGAUCUCUUGGAGUUGCAUUUCAGGAAGUUCCUGAAAAAACUAAGGAAAGUCCUGGACGUCCUUGGACAUUUUGUGGGUUGUUGCCCUUGUUUGAUCCUCCGAGGCAUGAUAGUGCUGAGACCAUCCGCAGAGCACUGAACCUUGGAGUUAAUGUCAAGAUGAUUACAGGUGAUCAGUUGGCAAUUGCAAAGGAGACAGGAAGACGACUUGGCAUGGGAACCAACAUGUACCCCUCUUCAUCACUGUUAGGCCGGGAAAGGGAUGAACAUGAAGCUCUUCCUGUGGAUGAGCUCAUCGAAAAGGCAGAUGGCUUUGCCGGUGUAUUUCCCGAACACAAAUAUGAAAUUGUUAAAAUUUUACAAGAAAAAAAGCAUGUGGUUGGAAUGACUGGAGAUGGUGUGAAUGAUGCGCCUGCUUUGAAGAAAGCAGAUAUUGGAAUAGCAGUGGCAGAUUCUACAGAUGCUGCAAGAAGUGCUUCAGAUAUUGUCUUGACGGAGCCUGGUUUAAGUGUGAUUAUCAGUGCUGUCUUAACUAGCAGAGCUAUAUUCCAAAGAAUGAAGAACUAUACGGUUGAGUAUAUAUCCUUGCUUCUAAAUAUGUUAACGCUAAUAUACGCCGUCUCCAUAACCAUUAGGAUUGUGGUUGGUUUUGUGCUUCUAGCGUUGAUAUGGGAAUAUGACUUCCCACCUUUCAUGGUUCUGAUAAUAGCAAUACUCAAUGAUGGGACCAUAAUGACUAUUUCACAAGAUCGAGUUAAGCCUUCUCCAAGGCCUGACAGUUGGAAGCUCGAAGAGAUUUUUGCAACAGGCAUUGUCAUUGGCACAUAUCUUGCUUUGGUCACUGUCCUGUUUUACUGGAUUGUGAUUCGUACCGAUUUCUUUGAGACACACUUCCAUGUGAGGUCUCUAUCCAGCAGCACUGAGGAAGUCUCUUCUGCUGUGUAUCUGCAAGUCAGCAUUAUCAGCCAGGCUUUAAUAUUUGUUACGCGUAGUCAAAGUUGGUCGUUCCUAGAAAGGCCUGGAAUUCUCUUGAUGUGUGCGUUUGUGGUGGCUCAACUGGUGGCCACUUUAAUUGCUGUCUAUGCACAUAUUAGCUUUGCUUAUAUUAGAGGCAUUGGAUGGGGAUGGGCUGGUGUUAUAUGGUUAUAUAGUUUGGUUUUCUACGUACCACUGGAUAUUAUCAAGUUCAUAAUUCGUUAUGCCUUGAGUGGAGAAGCAUGGAAUCUCUUAUUUGAUAGAAAGGUUAGUGAAACUGCUUUUACUUCAAAGAAAGAUUAUGGAAAGGAAGAUAGGGAAGCUAAGUGGAUUCUUUCCCAGAGGAGUCUGCAAGGGUUGAUGGCAUCAGACCAAGAUUUCAAUGGCAGGAGAUCUACUUUGAUUGCUGAACAGGCCAAACGGCGUGCAGAAAUAGCCAGACUGGGGGAAAUCCACACCUUGAGAGGACAUGUAGAGUCGGUAGUGAGGCUCAAAAAUUUGGACUUAAAUUUGAUCCAAACAGCUCAUACGGUUUGA